GUGUGAUCUGUGAUCCUUCACUUCAAAAAUCGACCCGCUUUGGAACCCCGAGGUAUAAAAUUUAGUUUCACUUUUGUUAGCUAGAAAUCAGGAAAUAAACAGGAAUUACUUUAAGUGCUGAAACUGGAGCUUCGAUUCUGCAGAAGUGAUGAUAAACCUGUAAUGGAGAUGCUAAGUGACGGGAGCGCGCUUCACCACUCCACCACCCUCACUAACAAACAGCGCGGGAACGAGCUCACAGUCAGACCUGCAACUCUAGACAAUUUGUCCAUUCACCAACUGGCCGCACAUGGCGAAAUCUCUAAAGUGAAGACACAACUUGCCAGUGACAGUGCACUACUGAACAGUCAGGAUGAACGAGGAUUCACGCCACUGAUGUGGGCUGCAGCGUUUGGAGAGAUUGAAAUGGUCCAGUUUCUACUAGAGAAGGGAGCUGAUCCAAAAAUGUUCGCAUGGGAGCGUGAGAGUGCUUUAUCCUUAGCCAGCGCUGGGGGAUACGCUGACAUCGUCAAUAUGAUUUUAAAACAUGAUGUCAAUGUCGAUUCCUAUGACUGGAAUGGAGGAACGCCUCUUCUUUAUGCAGUUCGUGGCAAUCAUAUCAAAUGUGUGCGAGCUCUAUUAAGACAUGGAGCUGAUAUUACAUUUGAAGCAGACUCCGGAUACAGUCCAGUGGCACUUGCUAUUGCUCUUGGCUACAAAAAAAUGCAAAAGCUGCUUGAGGAUCACAUACUGCAGCUGCUUCGAUGAUCAGACAUGACAACAUUUAAGAGUCACUACAAACUUUUUGAAAGCCGCUCUUUGUGUACUGUACCUUUAUAAUAAAAUGUCAUUAUAAACCUCUUA